UCCCCGGUUUCCCGCUCAUUUCCCAUUCUUCCCUCCUCCCGCAUCGCCUCCAACAACUCUCCAAACCCUAGCCUUCUCGAUUUCCAGAGCCCCGCGAGGUCGAGCCCGCCAUGGCCCCCACCCGCUCCACCUCCGACGCGCGCUCCGUGUGGUCCUCCUCCUUGCGGCCGCCACUCGACCUCCAGCCCGCGGUCCUGCCAGAGGACGACGACGGCGACGACGAUCGGGCGGUCGCGGAGCUCCUCAACGCGGCACUGGAGGGCGACCUCUCCCGCGUUAAGGAGCUGGUGGAGGAGCUGAACGAGGAGGGGAAGGGCGUGGACGAGGUGGUGACGGCCGCAGCCGUCGGCGUGACGGGCACCAAGCGCCGCGGGCCUCUCCAUCUGGCCGCUGCGAACGGGAACGCGGAGAUGUGCCGGUUCCUGAUCAAGGUUGGCGAUGUCGAUGUCGAUGCGGCCGAUUCUGAUGGUGCGACGCCUCUAAUUUUUGCGAUACAAGGUCUGGGAUCCACUACAGUUGUAAGGCUUCUACUCAACAAUGGAGCCAAUCUAAACAAAGCAGAUAACAGUGGGGUUGCUCCGCUCCAUAUCGCUGCAGAAAGAGGUUUGUAUGAAGUAGCAGAGCUAUUAUUGUCCAGGGAAGCUGAGGUUGACCUUAUGUGUGAAAAUGGUGGGGCGCCAAUACAUAUUGCUGCUGAAAAUGGACAUGCUAAAUUUCUGAAGCUAUUGUUGCAGCAUGAAGCAGACUACAAUGCUGGCGAUCCUGUAACUGCGUUGGUCAUAGCUGCUGGGAAAGGCUUAACUGACUGUAUCAAGUGUUUGUUGAAAGCUGGUGCUGAUGCAAAUAUUCCUGAUGAAGAUGGUAAGCUACCAGUUCAAAUAGCUGCAUGCCAAGGAUGGAAGGAAUGUGUUGAGAUUCUUUUCCCUGUCACAACUCCUUUGGCUGAAUAUGCAACCUGGAGCAUUGAUGGAAUAAUUCAGCAUGAGAAAACUGCGAGUUCAGAACCACAACUGCAGGUUUCGAAUUCGGAUGAUAAAGAGAAUGCUGUUUCUGAUGAUGACACCAACAAGGAUACACAGCCACAUCAAUCAAAGUCAUGCUCUGAGAAAGGAAAAGCUUUGACAACGGUGGAGGAGAACGGAGGAGGAAUUGAAACACUCAUGUCUGGUUUGAACUUGGGUCCUGAAGAUCCGUCUGACAAAGCAUCGAUGCCACUGCUGCGCAGGUCGACCAGAGUGAGGCAGCCCAAUGUCCGGAUCAGUGGACCUGAAUGGGCUAGGUAGACGGAGAAUGCAUCUUCCCUGGAACCUGUCCAGUGUCCACGUUCUCAUGGUAUAAAGAAAAAAAAAGCAAAGUUCUGGAUAUGCUAGUAAUAAUAUACUAUAGAUAGAGAUACUGAACUACACAAAUGAACUACGAAAAUGCCCAAUCGUGGCCCAAAACUUGGUUGUUUGGAUCAGAUUAGCCCUGUUCGCUUGAGCUUAUGUGCUGAAUCUGCCAAUCGAACAGGCCGUGCUGGAAGUCUGAAACAUUAACGUUGUGAGCCUGUGAGGUUUAAUGAAAGCUGCUAUAUUUGGUUUGACGGUCA